AUGGCCGCAGUCACCAUGGACAAGAUCCAAUUCUAUCAACCUCCAAACCCCAUGAGUGCAACCAAGCCACAAAGCCCGAACCUGCCCGCAAUCUUCACACCCCCCAAACCCCCAGCACGUAGACCCAAUCCCACCGCCGACGCUUUCACUUCCCUAUUCUGGGAUCUCGUCGGACGACGGGAGCCGACAACUUGGCGGGGACGGGACAAAAAUGCGGACGAGCACGCCACAAUCCCCUCCGGAUCGAAUCUGAUCGGUUUUGCCAGCGACCGCCUUGGGAUGCCUGUCGAGGAGGCGGAUAAGGCUGCGGAAAGUGCCACUGAAGCCGGCCUUCGCGCAUACUGGUUGCGUGGAAGUAGAGAUGGCCCCAUCGUGGUAGAUGGUUCGACGGAGAUAGGUCACGGUGGGGAACACACAAGCAAGUCUGCAGGUGGACAGACUUCUUCACCACCGCUGCCUGCCCGCGAGGCGCCCACCGAUCAAGGUGACGAGCUAGACGGGAUGGCGGAUGAUGAUAGAACCUCAUUGACUCCCCGAGAAGUUCCAGAAACCCCUCCCCCCUUUACCAUGGGCGAAGUGGGCACCGCCCGCGCACCCAACGACAGCGUCUCUCCACAUCCAGGGGGUCGGCCUCAAAUCUCGGCUGGCCACGCCGGUGCAACACAGGAGGAGUGGAUGGUCAAAAGGAUACUGGAUUCCCGGAUCCGCGUGCGGAACGGCACGCCACGCCUGGAGUACCGUGUUGCAUGGCGGCCUACGUGGCAACCGCGGAGCGAUCUGAUCCCGGGCUGCGAGGAGCUGGUCAAAAAAUUCCAUGCAGAGUGGAAGGACAAGCGGCCUUCACUGACUACUCUGACGGGCCACAUGCGUUUCAAGCAGAAAAGGGGAUCGCGCAGGGACGGUGGAUGCAAGAUUGUAAAAUCAAUUGGUUAG